CGUGCUCGGCUUUCUGGCCUUGUGCUGGGCCUCCGGGCCGCCACCUCCAAGGUACAAAACCCCCGGGCAUCCGGGCUGAUCCUGAGCUCUCCGCUGGGCACCUGGACAACUUCCCCGGGACGUGAUUGUUCCCCUCUGUUCGGCAUUGAGUUUCAGGAUGCCAAGAACGGCACCGUCUCCCCUUACCGAGCAGCCUGCAUAUAACAGCCGAGCCGGCACUGGCUCGUGGCCAUUCACCGCCUGCGCCCGCCAUGGAGCUCGGGGGAGCGGUGACCAUAUUCCUGGCUCUCUGCCUCUCCUGCCUGCUUCUCCUGUCGGUGUGGAAGAAAAUGCACCAGGGAGGGAAGCUGCCCCCGGGGCCGACCCCUCUGCCCUUCCUCGGCAACUUGCUGCACCUGAAGACGGACGAGACUUUCAAGUCGUUCAUGGCGCUGCGGGAGAAGUACGGCCCGGUGUUCACGGUGCACCUGGGCCCGCGGCGGGUGGUGGUGCUGUGCGGGCACGAGGCGGUGAAGGAGGCCCUGGUGGACCAUGCGGAGGAGUUCAGUGGCAGAGGAGAGCUGGCGUCCAUCGACCGGAACUUCAAGGGCUUCGGGGUGGCUUUGGCCAACGGGGAGCGGUGGCGCCAGCUGCGCCGGUUCUCCCUCACCACGCUGAGGAACUUCGGCAUGGGGAAGCGAUCCAUCGAGGAGCGGAUCCAGGAGGAGGCCCAGUACCUGCUGGAGGAGUUCAGGAAAACCAGAGGUUCGCCCUUUGACCCGAUCUUCUUCCUGAGCCGCACGGUCUCCAACGUCAUCAGCGCCGUCGUCUUCGGGAGCCGCUUCGACUACGAGGACAAGACGUUUCUGUCCCUGCUGCGCAUGAUCAAUGAAAGCUUCGUAGAGAUGAGCACUCCCUGGGCCCAGCUCUACGACAUGUACUCCUGUGUCAUGCAGUACCUGCCCGGGCGCCACCACCGCAUCUACCACCUCAUCGAGGACCUCAAGGCCUUCAUCGCCGAGCGGGUGAAGAUCAACCAGGCCUCGCUCGACCCCAACGCCCCACGGGAUUUCAUUGACUGCUUCCUCAUCCAGAUGGAAAAGGAAAAGAAAAACCCCAACAGUGAAUUCAACACCAAGAACUUGGUGCUCACCACGCUCAACUUGUUCUUCGCCGGCACGGAGACCGUCAGCUCCACCCUGCGCUACGGCUUCCUCUUCCUCAUGAAGCACCCGGAAGUCGAAGAAAAGGUGCACCAGGAAAUCGACCAUGUCAUCGGCCGCAACCGCAUCCCCACCUGCGAGGACCGGAUGAAGAUGCCCUACACGGAUGCGGUGAUCCACGAGAUUCAGAGGGUGACGGAUAUCGUGCCCAUGGGGAUGCCGCACACCGUGAUCCGGGACACCCAGUUCCGGGGGUACACCCUCCCCAAGGGCACCAACGUGUUCCCCUUACUGGGCUCUGUCCUACGGGACGCGAAAUACUUCAGCCACCCAGAAGAAUUCAACCCGGGGCAUUUCCUGGAUGAGAACGGCCGCUUUAAGAAGAACGACGCCUUCGUGCCGUUCUCCUCAGGGAAGCGGGUGUGUCUGGGCGAGGCCAUGGCCCGCAUGGAGCUCUUCCUGUACUUCACCACCGUCCUGCAGAGCUUCUCGCUGAAACCCCUCCUGCCCCCAAAGGACAUUGACAUCAGCCCGAAAGUGAGUGGGUUCGGGAACGUGCCCCCCACGUACGAGAUGUGCCUGGUCCCUCGCUGAAGAACGGGGGAGGCCGCAGGGGAGGAUAGUGACCAGUUGCCGAGCCUUUUAGGAGCUAGAUGGAAUAUCGCUGCACCCUGCGUUAGUUCACCUUCAGUAAUGGGCAGAUCUCUGCCAGAAGUUCAGAUCAAUUCAGCUUAGCAGCCUUCAAAGGGCAUUUCUUCAUAGCGCAAAAACGGGGCUGGUCUUUAGAGGGUUCCACUGAGACUAGAUUCCUAGAUAUGAAAGCUAGAAAAGCUCCCCCAGUGGUUCCUGCAUCCAGCCCAUAUCUUGUGGUUGAGCUAGCGCGCAGAACGAGACACCCAAUUGCAAUGGAAAGUCUCCAAGCCGUGAAGAAUCGCCUGGGUGGGGCAGGCUGAUGGGAAGUCGGAUUUGAUGAUACCGUGCUCACCAUUUUUGUCCAGCUGGAGUCUCCCAGCUACCACCUUGGGAGCUGAACUGACGUGGCUGUGAUGGCCCCGUGGGUGGGUUAUUCCAUGGGGUUUGAAGGCAGGGUCUGUGGGCCUAAAAGCAAGAUCCUGUAAGGUGUGACUGCAGAAGGAGACUCAGAUCCACAGGAUAUUCGCUUGAUUUAUGUUAGCCACUCAGGAGCGCAAUUUCUCUAGUGUAGACUGGAACCGGCCAAAGUACGGGGACACAGUUUUGCUGGAAAUUUUGGAACCAUUUCAAUUGCUCAAGGUUGGAAACAGACCCAUUUCUGC